CCCUCACUUCCUCCACAUGAGAGGCGGCUGCCGGGAAGAGGAAGCAGGAGCCGCUGUGUUUCCUUUCAGUCUGUCAGGUUAGUCUUACUCAACACUUUUAAAAUGGUACUGAAGAAGAAGAAAGAGAUUAAAGUUGAUGUAUUGGUCCUGGAUGAUGCCAAACUUCAAAGACUGAAAUGUUUUAUGGAUGGAGAGGGGCAGAGCGUGCCAUCUUUGCUGCUUCACUGUGUACAGCUACAAGAUGGAGUCCAGCAGAUCCAUGCAAUUAAAAAGAUCAUUCCUCUCUUGGGAGAUAUCCGCGAAAGCCUUGUGGACAAUGAUAUGCUGCGUUCCUGCCUCCAUGUCAUAGCCGAAAUGUACUUUUCUGUGGCUUCCAAGAAUCCUUUGAAGAAAGCCUUGACAAGCUCGUUAAACGGCCUCUCAGAUCAGUGUAAGGUUGACGCAGCUUGCGCCUUUAAUAGUCGUAUGAAGGAAGACCUAGACACCAAAGACUCAGAAAGUUAUAGGAAAGUUGUGGAUAACUUGGCCUCCUGCAUGGAGAACUUCAGUCUUGGAGACUCCUGCGUUACAGGUCUGACUUUGGAAAUUCUUCAGUUCCUGGCAAAAGUUUUGCAUACAUUCCAAAGUCAGAACAAGAAAGUGCUUGGAAAUGGCCUCGCUCAGACCCAGUUGAUGCACGACUUGUUAACGGCCGUGAAAGUUUCCAUGGUUCUGCUGCAGAGGGUUCAGGAAUCCGUCCAGAUGGAUGAACAUUCUCCUCUCUGGAACACAAUGUGUGACCUGCUGUCUCGCUUUGCCAGUAUGAUCAUGGAUGAUGACCUGUUGCAAAAUGUCCAAAGCACCUCUGGACUGGCAUUCAUUCUGUACCUAAAGAUCAUGUUUAAGAAUAGUGAAAAGCUGCCCCCACUGGUCAGUGGCUUGAUCCUGCGUUCUUUGGAUCCUGCUCUUGUGCCAACCUGGCUUUUGGACUCCUGCGGAAGUCUCUGUGAAGACCUGUCUGACACAGCUGUGCUUUUCUUAUGCCAGGGCUCACUCGCCAUGCUAAACUGGAAGGAUGGCAGCAUCGGGCACAGCGGGGAGAAACUGCUGCUCGAUCUUCUGACUGUUUUACUCUCCCUCAGUUCGUGCCUGAAAGAGUCCAGCGCCGCCAUGUUUCUGUCUCGGAGUUUAGCCCUGUGGACUACAACUGCUCUGGAAAUCCUUAAGUCAUGUUCUGCAAGCCUGAGAGACAGCCUAAAUGGUAACUCUGUUGCUUUAGGUAGGGUUCUGGAAUACGUGUACAUACACUGGGAACAUCCUCUUGAUGCGGUACGCCAUCAGACCAAACUCAUUUUCAAAAACCUCCUUCAAAUCCAUCGAGUGGCUCUGUCUAUUUCAGAAGAUGCUGUGGACCCAUUUCUUUCAGAAUUGACUCACAAAUUAUUGGAUUUAGAGUGGCACUCCAAAGGGAAAUACACGUCUCUUGCAUGUCUUGUAGAGUGCGUAGGAGCAGAACAGAUUUUAUCAGUAGAUCCAACAAUUCCAGCUCAAAUCCUGGAUGUUAUGGGAGACCAGUCUUUUGCCCCCUAUGCCAGUAAUCUCUUGGAAGCAAUGUUUGUGAACCACAGAAACCAGCUUAUGGCAAGAACUGGACAAAGCUGUUGGAUAGACCAGUGGCACAAUACGUGGAUCACCCCACUUCUCUUACGGCUAUGUGAAGGAGAUGUAAACCAAACCACUUAUAUCAUUGAUUACUAUUUGCCGAAAUUGCUCAAAGGCAGCCAGAAGAGUCUCACUUACAUGAUUGAGAUUCUGCAGUCAUCUGCUGCAACAAAUGUAGGGUCUGGUAGUAACCGUGGGGCUCUUGGCGCCCUUAUGGCUUGUUUAAGGACAGCAAGGGCUCAUGGGCACGUCAGAUUUACUGAAAACUAUGUGUGGAAUGGCAAAGUCUCCGUAGCCUUAAUUCAACAAGGCCUUGUCCAUAAGCAUGAUCAGGUUCGUGUUGACGCUCUGGGACUUCUUUGUGAAAGUCACUGGACCACCGAAGUGCUUUCACCUGAUGAGAUGAGCCUUAUCCUGUUCUUUCUAAAGUAUAACUUGAACUGCCAGUCUCCUUCUGUGAGACAGCAACUGUGUUACCUGAUCCGGAAGUUGUUUUGCCGUAUACAGGAAAGUUCCCAAGUUCUGUUUAAGUUGGAGCAAAGCAAAGCCCCCACAACAUCAGAUCGUGAUGGAUGUCUGUUGAACCCGUCCAAGACUCUCCAGCAGUACAAAGAAUUCAUGACAUCUGUAACAAGCUGUCUCUUUGAUUCUCUCUUCCCUGGUUCCUCUCAUCCAAGAAGAUAUUCAGCCUUAACCAUUUUAGGAUCCGUUGCUGAAAUAUUCCCUGUUGAAGGCCCUUGUCAGAGCGUAUUUGAGUUUGCUCGGUCGGUCAGCAGUAACAAUGUCCAAGCCCUCUUAGAAUGCUUCAGUAACACCUUUGAGGAAGUGAAAAGGCUUGCGUUUGAACUUCUAAGAAAGCUGCCACCAUCUGUUUUAGACCUCCAGAACAAAAAUCUUGACAUUUUGCUUCAAGCAGCAUUAAAUCUUAGUACAAGCACAAAGCAUUUUGAUUGUGUCACCGCGUCCUAUCUGCUAAAUUUCCUAAUUUACCAAGAAGGACUCCAGGCUGCCAUAGAUAAAUGGAUAACCGAUCAAGAAGUACCAUUUUCAUAUCCAACGCAAAAUCUCGAUUGUACCAGCCCCCUUGAGAAACAGUCCUUUUCUGUUGUCAGGUUAUUGAUGGGCAGCCUUGAAAAUGAAAUUUUGCAAGCUCGAAGGUCCUUGUUGGAAGCCGCAGCCUCUUUCCCAUUGUAUGGUCGAGUGCAUUGUGUUAUAGGAGUGUUAGAGCAACUCUCUCUGAAGGACCUCUCCAUGGUAGCAGAAUGGAGGCAGCUGAUCUCAGAGCUAAUUUCAAUGUCCUACAAACUCUCUGCAAUUGUAUCUCCAGUUGUCCACAGUUCAUCCCCAGAAGGUCUUAUGCCAAUGGACACUGACACUGAAGCUGCAGCUCAGUUGCACAUGAUAAUGAGUGAGAUACAACCUCGAGACACCAAUGAUUACUUCAACCAGCCAAGAAUAUUACAGAAAGAAAAUGACCCGUUUUCCAAACCCCUCCCUGAAGACGGUGUACCGUCCGAUACCCUAUGUGCAGAAACAAAAGUGAAAGAUGGGACGACCUGCAAUGUGUCUGCUCAGAUGGUGCUGGUGUGUUGCUGGCGAAGUUUGAAAGAAGUCUCUCUCCUUUUGGGAAUGUUGUGCCAAAGUCUUCCACUUCGAAAUCCACCUGACUCUCCCAAUGGACUCCUGACCGUAGAACAGAUUAUAGAAAUUGGUGAAUAUUUCAAGCAUCAUCUUUUGCAGUCCAGACACAGGGGGGCCUUCGAGCUGGCGUAUGUUGGCUUUGUGAAGCUCACGGAAAUGUUGAUUGGAUGCAAGGAGGAAAGUCUGCAUCGCUUACCCUGCCAGUGGUUAUGCAAUGUCUUAGAGGAAAUUAAAUCUAGCGAUCCAUCUUCGAAGUUAUGUGCAACCAGACGCAGUGCUGGCAUUCCAUUCUACAUACAGGCCUUACUGGCUUCUGAGCCCAAGAACAGUAAAGCUGGUUUAUUGAAAAUGACUAUGAAGGAAUUAAUUACUUUGGCGAUGCCUGUGAAAAGCGCUGAAGGAGAUAACAGCACUAUCCCACAGGUCCAUGCUUUAAAUAUUUUGCGUGCUCUUUUUCGUGACACGCGAUUAGGUGAAAACGUGAUUCCAUAUGUCGGAGAUGGGACCAAAGCUGCAAUUCUUGGCUUCACCUCUCCGGUCUGGGCGGUGAGAAAUUCCUCUACACUUCUCUUCAGCACGCUGAUUACCAGAAUAUUUGGAGUCAAAAGAGGAAAGGAUGAACGAUCCAAGAAAAAUAGAAUGACUGGGAGAGAAUUCUUCUCGCGAUUCCCUACUCUCUACCCUUUUCUUUUGGAACAUCUGGAAAUUGUAGCCAACACUGUCGACAGUCAAACAGGGGAAUCAAAGCUUCAUCCCAGCUUGUUUCUAUUGCUCCUGAUUCUGAGUAAGCUAUACCCGUCUCCAAUGGAUGGCACCUAUUCUGCUCUCAGCAUGGGCCCUUUUGUUCCGUUUAUAAUGAGGUGCGGUCACUCUCCUGUCUACCGAUCACGGGAAAUGGCAGCCCGGGCUCUCGUUCCAUUCGUUCUGAUGCAUGACAUACCCAAGACGGUCAUGAAUUUAUUAAAAGAUCUUCCAGAUUCCAGCAGCCAAGAUGUAAAGCAGAAUCGUGUCCAUGGAACGCUAUUACAAGUCUCUCACUUGAUUCACUCUUUCUUUGAGGCCAAACACACAGCCAAUUCAGACCGAAUUCAGCAGGACGCAUGUGAUCUCAUGAUGUGUCUGAAAGCCAAGCUGUGGCUUGCCAAGAGGCAAAAUCUAUGUUUGGUAACGAGAGCAUCAUAUGUGGACAUCAUGACUUUGUUCAUUAAUUACCUGGGGAAGACUGUAAGUCAGGAUAUAUCCGGUUUCAUCCAUGAUAUUGCUGCUGUUAUUGAGGAUUGUGGUUUGGGCCAAGAUGCAUGCCACACUACUGCAGUCCCUGGGCUUGUUUUGUACCUACAGAGUGUAUCUCAAUUAAUAUUAUCUGUUCUGGAGCUGAAUGUGCCGAAUGGCAGAAUGACAAUUAGUGGACCCAGUGAGGCAACAUGUGUCCGCAUCCAAUCUCUUGUGCAAAGUAUUUUGGAAUCGGAAUUCUACGAAGUUCGCCUCCUCGCUCUUUCCUCUGUGCUAAAAUGGUCAAAAUAUCAGUUAUCAGAAGCUAGAGAAUCUUACUUAUCAACUGAAGUUCAGAAAACUCUCUUUGAGAUGGUAACAAAGGAAACCAAUUUGGAGUGCCUUUGCCAGGUUCUGAAGAUCCAUUAUGAAUUGGAUGUCGAAAAGGUGCUUUGGUUCGCCAAAAAACACUUGCAAAUGGAGCCUAAGGAUUUAUUAAGAUGGAUUCUGCAACUUGCUUCUACAAGCAGCCACAGUGUAGAAAUCCAGAGCUCUGCCCUAAAACUGGCCUCCAAGUUGGUUGUUUGUCUUGUAGCAAAGUCCCGAGAGGCUAUACAGUUGGAGUUAAAGGACUGGAUUACACUGCUAGUUCAAUGUAGUGAAGAUGAGCUUCAUACUGAACUGAAAACGGCAGCUGCAGAAAUCCUAAUUAACGCUGCACCCUGUCUCCUGAUCGGUCAGCGACCUAUUCUUGGUUUAUCGGACACGUUGCAUCUGUGGAAGUGUCUAUUCCAACUCUUGCAAAGUGAGGAUGAAGAUGUCAGAGACACGGCUGCAGACAUAAUCCACAUAGCUCAGCAAAGCAAACUGUCUGAAACAGUCUCUCCAUUUUCUGCUGUCACUCCCCCUAAAGCUUUGGACCUGGCAUUUGGUGUCCUGUGUGAAUUGAUUCAGCGGUGGGACCAGGUUACGGCUGGCAUCAUCUUUCUGAUGGAGUGGUUGUUGGGAGAAGAUGACCUAAGUGAUCUGGAGACCAUGAAAUUGGAGGAAGACGAAUUGUUUGAGAAAGGGGAAGCAAACUUUUGGGCUGAAAAGCUGAUAAACAUUCGGCUUCUUUCUAUACAUCUUCACAAGCUGAUCUCAGAAUCUUCUGCCCUUCCACCAUCUGAUCCAGAACUUUGCCACAUAUCCAGAGCUGUCUCCAAGCGUUCAGAAAGGAUCCAGAGGUUUCUUAAAGAAUUGCCAACUACUCCAGAGUUUCUGAAAAUGGCUGAAUACAACAGACUGCUCAUCCAGAGAGAAAGGACUUGCAAAUGCUUUGAAAUACUAACUUUACUUCAAACAAAAAUGAACAAACACAUGAUUUAGAAAACAAUUUUGUUUAUUUCAAUGUUAUAAGAUCUGAACAGUUUUAUUAUAACUUUUCAUCAACAUUUUUAACAUCA